CUCCGGACAAGUGUUACUACUCGGAGGCGGUACAAAGAAGCGAAAACGGCCAUCGAAAUCGAUGACGGCAGCAGCCGAGCGAUAUCUACGACAAAGUCCACGACCCGACGCCGGGAGAAAGGCGAGCUCGCGGACAAUGCGGCCUUGUGUUUAGCCCCGCUGGACGAUUUGCACCGCGCAGUGUGCGAGAAGGUGUAGGGCAGGCGAGGGCAUGUAGCAUUGGUGGGUGUGCGAGGCGAUGGACGGCCAGUGGGUAGCGUAUCAGCCCAGUUGAUGACGCACUAGUGUCCGUUGCCAUAUCGCAUCAGGGACGCGAGUGGAGCGAAGCCGCGCGUACGGUUUGAAACGCGCUGCCUGCGACUGCCAAAGGUAGAGUAGGCGCGUAGGCUGCGCGAGUCGCCUGCCGUAACGCCUAGUACCACCGCUCAGCGCGCCGUCACCUGGGCAAGAGGAAACCCCCGAAGCGGCGUAUGGCCUGGAACUGACCAUGCCGGGCACGAUGAGUGUCGCGACGCGAAGAGCGGUGGUGUCCCCUUUCUCGCGGCCUUCGAGCCUGGCUGUUGGGAUGCCGCGACUGAGCAGCAAACGUCGUCGGCUCCUGUGGCUUGUGCCUGUAUUCGUGAUCGUCCAGGUUGCGUUCUUCCAGCGACAGCAGGCCUCAUCCGAUGUGGCUCGCUCGGAAGACGGACAAACUUUGGCUUCGAGCCGACGCCUACUGCAAGACAGUGACGGUCGACCGGAUUGCGUGCGGCCUUCGAUCGAGGACUUUCCCGGCGACUUCUUCACCCAGGAGGAGCGGCAACAAGGUGGCGUGGUCAUCCACUUCAUAAUCGUCAUCUACCUCUGCGGUGUCCUGGGAUACAUCUGCGACGACUACUUCGUUCCUUCCCUGGAGAUCAUCGCUGAAUCUCUUAACGUUCCAAGCGACGUUGCUGGGGCAACAUUUAUGGCCGUCGGUACUUCGGCACCGGAGCUCUUCUCCUCAAUUAUAGGUUCUUUUAUAACGGAAGGCGACAUCGGUCUGGGCACCAUUGUUGGAUCAGCUGUGUUCAACAUCCUCGGAGUCACCGGCGUGGCCGGUCUUGCCGUGUGGAAAAACGAUGUUCCCAUCGACUGGUUCCCAAUCACUCGAGACUGCCUCAUGUACGGCAUCACAGUGCUGGCUCUCAUCGGCGUCAUCAGCAACAACGUCGUCGAAUGGUACGAGGCCAUGAUACUGAUCCUCAUGUUCGGCGCCUACAUCGUGGUGCUAUACUUCAACGCGCAGAUCGAGUAUCUUGCGCUGCUUCAGGUACGCGAGUUGUGGCUUCGUGCCGCGGUGUACCAACGCGCCGGAGACCUUGUGGGGCCCGGUAUGACCCCGUGCCCCGACGAGAGCUGCGUCAACGACACCUACCAUUACCACUGCUACGAUUGGCACAUUAAGGUUGAAGCCCUGCGGAAUCGGUGGUUCCCAGGCACUGUAGGUCCGAACCCAAUGAAGGCGAACGGCAAGUCAAUGCUCGAAGAGUCCACGCCGCUGCUUGGAGGUGGAGACGAAGAGGCACCCGCCGAGCCGACGGCUCGGACGAGGAGGGACUCGGCCAUGUCGGCGGGGGAAGAGCGGCUGCGACGGGACAGCGUUCUUCUGACCGGAAGUGUGUGCAAGAUCGUCGAGCAAGAAGAGCACGAGAGUUUGUGGUCGAUGCCCGACGAGGGUUCGGUCACCCAAAUUCUGUGGGUGCUGUUCUGGCCCGCCCGUUUCCUGCUGCACUUCACGGUGCCGGACUGCAGGCGACCGUCGCUGCUCAAGUGGUUCCCGCUCACCUUCGCCCUCUCCGUGGUUUGGAUCGGCGCCGUGUCGUACGUGACUGUCUGGAUGGUCACCAUCAUCGGCUUCACCCUCGGCAUCCCGGACUCCGUGGCCGGUAUCACACUCCUCGCUGCCGGCACCAGCAUCCCGGAGGUCUUCUCCAGUGUCAUCGUGGCCCGAAGCGGACUGGGUAACAUGGCCAUCUGCAACCUCCUGGGCAGCAACAUCUUUGACGUGCUCUUCUGCUUGGGCGUGCCGUGGUUGUUCAAGGCCCUAUUCGCGUCCACCUCUCACGAGGUGUUCAUCAACAGCGCCGCAAUGACGUAUACGAGCGUCACGCUCCUGUCCACGGUGCUCCUUCUCUUCGUCAUCUUUGUGCUCACGCGCUGGACGCUAAACUACAAAGUGGGAUUUGCUUGCGUCUUCAUGUACGUCAUCUUCAUCACGCUCGCAUGCAUGUACGAGCUCAACGUUUUCGGAGAUUUCAACCCGCCUACGUGCACGUAGGUGGCACAGGUGGCGCAGUCGUCGCCGCCACUCGCGCUCUUGGACUGACUGUGCACAUGCGCUGGACACUUUUUCUGACACAAUGCGUCGACCGAACGAUGCUGUAGUAUUUAAACGACGUUAACGUGUUUUGUAAUAUAACUACCCAAUUUUUCGUUUCUGGCGUACAGUUUAGUAAGUAAAACAAGCUGCAGGCCACGUUCCGUAAGCUCCACCAC